AUGGCACACGCAGACUACUCCAAUUACAAGGGGGACGAAACAAAGGAAGAAACCCUACAAUCAGUAGUAGACUCAUACGAAGCUUUGUCCUCUGAUACCCAAAACUGGGUUGCAAAUCUCGCCAACUGCUCGUCGCUAAUUUGGCAUGCUUACCAUUCGCUCAAUAUUCCAGUGAACUGGGCCGGGUUCUACGUUAUCAAUCCUGAAAAACAGAACGAGCUCAUAUUGGGGCCCUUUCAGGGAAAAGUUGCAUGUCAAACCAUUGAGUUUGGAAAAGGUGUUUGCGGAAAUGCUGCAAGUUCCAAAAACACACAAUUGGUUAAAAAUGUCAACGAAUACCCAGGACACAUAGCUUGCGAUGGAGACACCCAGAGCGAGAUAGUAGUCCCCAUAGUAUACGAAAACAAGGUGGUGGGAGUGCUAGACAUCGAUUGUCUCGACCUCAAUGGCUUUGACAAAGUGGACCAAAAGUAUUUGGAGAGAUUGGUGGAGAUGAUUUCCAGCAGCUGCAAGUGGUGA